UAUUUUCCAGCCGUAUUGGAGGAAGUAGUGCUGUUACCAUAGCAGCCACUUCAAGAUUAAACGUUCCAUUCCGAGAGGAGUGCACCGUUUUUGAAACAUGUAUCAGCAGGAGUAUUUGAUAAAAAAAACAACAACAUAAGUUAUGAUGCAACGUGACGGUUAAACGUUAUCCGCUUGAUUAGACGCAUGUGACGUAAAUAUCGUUGUGGGAAUCAAACUUGUUUCAGUGAAAUGGAUACGCGAGUCGACUCGCUGCGGAGGAAUAUUGACCUCUUACAGAAGCAGCACAGGGAAACUCUGGAGAACUUACAUGGUGAAAUAGAUAUUUUAAAACGGCAAAAUAAAGAUUUGCAGCAUAAGCUGAUAAUGGCUCCUCCAAAGUCAAGCAAAGGAUCCAGCCGUAUCCAGAGGCGUAACACAGAAAGCAACAAAUUCCAGAGAGACGGAAAUAACUAUCUGGAGCAAACUUUGGAGGACACCCACUCAUUACAAAGCACAGAGAUCAGCAGUUCUUUAAACAAUAGAGAAACUAGAUCAAAUUCUUCAGAGACCCUCGCCACAGACAGAAUCGAAGGGCCUUCAGAAGCCAGAGCAGGAUUCAUCACUUCUCUUCAGCCUCUAAUGAUCCAGUAUAGUCCAUUUCAGGCCCCUAGACCUCCCACCCUACAGGAAUGUGAGGUCAUCAUACGCCAACUGUACAGCGCUAAUAGCCUGCAGUCCCAGGAGGUCCUACGUGUGAAGGCUGUUCUCAAAGACAUUGUUUUCAACAAGAAAAUCACUGCUGAGAAUUACAUUUUGACCAAAGCUUUGCUUGCAGAUGGUAAAAGAGCUGAAGAUUCAGAGACAUUUCCUCAGAUUUCUUUCCAAACCCUGCCUAGAGGACUACCCAUGUCUCAGCCUAGUAAAGCAGAGAAAGUGAUCCUCCCUGCCCUCAAACAGACCCUCAACAACAACAUAGCAGACAGGCAGAGGAGAACUCUGGCUGUGCAGAGACGUCGUCUACAGAAGACUAUGCGCUGAAGGACCAGUCAUGUGAUUUUCUAACAACAUGUAUUUGAGUUCUGUGCCACUCAUUUACAAUUGAAAUAGCAGUUUAAAUGUCUUUAUUGAUCAAGCAAUGCACAAACAGUUAAGGCUUUAGUGUAUUGAAAUAAAGAAAAGAGACGAUUAUUCAUGUAGAUAAAAAGACAAAGAAAGUAUUAAUAUAUUGCCAUCAUUCCAUUGAGGUGCAAGGAUUAUACUGGGCUGCUAGUACUGAUGGGAAAACUUCUAAGCAGCUGAAAGGCAAGCCUGUCUCACGCUUUGAGCCCAUGUGUUCAGCAGUGCCGUCACCGAGUGCUUGUCAGGAAGCUGAAGGAGUUUAGAGGUCAUGUUCUUAUGCACAGUCUGCAAGAAGGGGUUGGCCUCUGAAAAUGGAGAGGAAGGUAAGCACGUGUUCAAUUCAUACGUUUCACCGCCUAUGUUUUUCCAUUUAAACUGGUUGCUUAAAGGGUUA